ACGUGAUAUCCCUUUUUUCCUUCUUGCGUAUCAGUCCAUCGCGUCUUUUAGAGAGCGAUACUCGACCCGGAGGUGUAACGUUAACGGCGAACCGCUCCGGGGAUUGUCAGUGAAGCACCAUGGACGGCAGGAGCUACGGUUCAGGUUACUCCAGCUGGGGAGGCAGCGGCUCAGGAAGCAGAAGUUCUGGUGGCUUCGACCUCUAUGGGGGGGGCUACAAAGGCUCUGUGUCGGGGCUCGGUGGCUACGGGGGAGGAGGAGGCCACAUGAAGAGGGGUCUCUCCGGAGCGUCGCUGCUCUCGUCCACCGGCACAAACGCAGACGCCGUCAUCGCCAAGAUUAACCAGCGCCUGGACAUGCUGACUCAGCUGGAGGGGGGGCUGAAAGGGACUCGUGGCGACCGGUAUGACCACUACGAGUCAUUCGACUCGCGCGCCUCCGCCCUCCCCUCCUCACGAGAUCUCUACAGAUCUGGCGGCGGUAGCUAUGGUUACGGCGGUGAUGGCCGCGAGGACAACAUGCUGCUGGGUCAGCGAGGAGGCUCUGGCUUCGGAGGGGGAAUUGGGAUGGGCGGGGGGGUUGGAGGAGGAGGUGGAGGAGGAGGCUUUGACAGCCCCUCCUCUUCCUAUGGAGUCGCUAAGAUGCGACAGAAUAUGAGGGAGACCUUCAGCAGUGGCCAGGGUGGAGGCUCUGGAGGUGGAGGAUGGCCCGCAGCAGGCCGACGCUCCCCCCGAAGGGGUGGAAGUGCCGGGGGUCGAGGAGCUGGUGGUGGUGGAGGAGGAGGAGGAGGGUUUGUAAGCCACAGGUCCGAGCCCACUCCUCUAGGCGGAGGCGGGCGGGGGGGCGGCGGGCACCGCGGCCGCCCCCCCGGAGGUGGUAGAGGAAAGCUCCCAUCCCUCCUGUCCAACCGCAUGUACCCUGAGAGCGGGGGCUUCCACCAGGGUUCCACUCGAGGGCCCCACGACUUCCCCGGGAGGCACUUUGGAGGGGGCCCCCGGGCCGGCCGCCAGCGGGGCCGCAAGAGACCCCUCAACAAACAGGUGAAGCCACCGCAGGACGUCCAGAAGAAGAGGAAGCAGUCGCUCACAGAGGCCGACGAGCCCGAGUCCAAGAUGAACCGCACGGAGGAGGCCGACGCACCUCAGGAGCCAGCAGAGAACAACGGGGACGACAGUGAACCAAAGACAGAGACGGAUCCUGCUGCAGACAAAGACUCGCCCAAACAGGAGGAGAAGGCGACAACGACGACGAGUGUUCUGGACAAACACAACCCGACCCAAAUACAGGACAAGAUGCCCAAGAUGAGGAAGAGGCGGGGCUUCCUGGAGAGGGUGAUGUUCGCCUGCUCUGUCUGUAAGUUCCGCUCCUUCUACAAGGAGGAGAUGGAGACUCACCUGGACAGUCGCUUCCAUAAGGACCACUUCAAGUUCCUGUGUGGCCAGCUGUCCAAGCCCACCACGGACUUCCUGCAGGAGUAUCUGCAGAACAAGUUCAAGAAGACGGACUACAGAGUCGGGCAGCUGGAGAACCACAGCGCUGCUAUCUGCCAGGUGUACAGAGAGCAGGACCUCACCAGAGAGCUCGGCAUGGAGCACUUCAUGAGGAAGGUGGAGGCAGCCCACUGCGCCGCCUGCGACCUCUUCAUCCCCAUGCAGCCCCACCUGAUCCAGAAACACAUCAAGUCUCCGGACCACAACUACAACCGCAAGGGGAUGAUGGAGCAGUCAAAGAGAGCCAGUCUGUCCGUGGCUCGCAGCAUCCUCAACCACAAGCUCAUAGGCAAGAAGCUGGAGAGCUACCUCAAGGGAGAAAACCCGUUCACCGGUAACCAUGACGACCAGGAUGCAGAGGACUCCAUGGUGAUGGAUGUGUCUGAGCUGGAGUUAAGCAGCGAGGCAGCAGACGGCCAGGCGGAGCAGGUGGAGAAGGUGGAGAAGGCGGUGGUUGAAGAGGAGUCGGCUCAAGCUGAAGAAGCAGCAACAACAGAGAGGACAACCACGACGACAGCAGGAGAGGAGGAGAAGAUGGAGGAGGGAGAAGAAGAGCAGAGGAACGAGGAAGAGGAGGAAGGCUUUGAGGUCGGAGAGGAGGACGAAGGAUACGCAGUCCACGAUGAGAUCGGUGAGGAAGGAAUACAGGAGGAGGAGGAAGAGGAAGGAGUCGAGGUAGCAGAAGGAGAGGAAGAGCUGCAGCAGGAGGAAAAUAAUGAUUAAUGACUUUAUCAGCGCCAAUGUCUGUCUGGACCAGGAACCCCCCCCAGUUCACCCAGUCUCAUUACCAACAACUUCACAAACCAUCAUUUCUCAGAUCUCGCCUCCUUUUGUAUUUCUUCUUAACGGACUUAGAACCACCUUUUAGUGAAAAACUGUUUAUUGUUAGCCAUAAAGAGUGUAAAUAAAGUCCUCAAAUAGUCAGUGACAUCGUGUUUCCAGUCUGAUCGCUGAUGUCACAUCGUAAACAACCAACCAGUGUUUAGAGCAGCAGGAGGAGCUAGUAGUGUUAGCAGCUAGUUCACUUCAGGCUCUACUCAGUGAAAACGAGUGUUGGUUGGUGGGAGUUUGAUAAUCCACUGCCCCCCCCCCCCCAUUCACAGGAAGUCCAACCUUUAAUCUUUGGUUUUUUUUGUGCCUUUUGUUGAAAGUAUUUUGAAUUUUUAUUUGUCUUAGUAGAGUGAUUUGUAUCAGAUGAGUGACAUCACCGUCUGUUCGAUUAAGAAUGACACUUAGAAGUGACAUCAUUGUUUCACUGAGAAAUAAAACUGUUCAGCAAAUCUGA